AUGGAAACUUUAGAAGUUCAUUCCAAAGAUUUUUUGGUCAAAUGGGUUCGGGCCCCGGACAAUUGUUCAAUCGUUUGGCAGAUAAAACCCUUGAAGAAAUCAAUUAAUUUUGGAAUUUAUCGCAAGAAGGAACAGAAUUUUGAUAACUUAGAUAAUAAUGAUUCUGCCCAUAUGGAAUCAUCAUCUGGAAUAGCAUCUACUGAAUGGAAUGCGAGGAUGUAUGCGUUAGAUGAACCUCCCUCAGUUCAUUCAUCAAGAUUAAGAUCAGCAUCUGUUGCCUCGGUUAACAAGAUCACGGAGCUGAAUGUCUUCAAAACCAAGUCGAGAUCCUCGACAUUUUCUUCCAAUUUGAGCAGUUCUGAUUUGGACCUUGUCAAAAACUAUUACAAACUUGUUUCUGGUGAAUUGGUACGUGGUAAAUUUGAAGUGACCAAUGGUGGAAUGUUUGCUUUUAUCUUUGACAAUUCAUUCUCAAAGACUAUCAGCAAAAAGAUUCUAUUCAGCUCUUCAAUUGUUGGUGGUAAUGAGUCUCUUUCACUCAAGAUGAAUUCAAACUCCAGGCUCGCAAAUGGUCCUAUCGAAUCUACUACUAAUGAGCCUGGUGAUAUGUCAAACAACAUUUUGCACCCAAAAAAUGGUGAAUUAAUGCAAAGCGUUUUGCUAAAAAAAAGAAGAAAGAAACUUCAAGGCUAUGUUAAGCGUUUCUUUAUUCUCAAUUUUAAGUAUGGCACCUUGUCCUAUUUCAAAACUAACGACAACAAGCUUAGGGGACAAAUGCCUAUUAUUCAUUCCAUUAUCAGCGCUAAUUCUAAAACCCGGGAAAUAUUCAUCGAUUCAGGGAUGGAGGUUUGGGAUCUCAAGACUCUCAACAAUAAAGAUUUCGACUCAUGGGUCAAUGCUUUCAAUGCAGUUAAGAAGAGUCAUCAAAGUGGAACGGAAUUUCAUCCUGCAAAGGAUUCCAAGAACAAUGUUGACCAUGGAAACAACCAUAUGUUACAUUUGGAAGAAGUACAUAAUGAAUUGGUCAAAUUGCUACACGAUGUGAAGGUAAUGACGAAAGUGCAAUUCGAGGAGGAAGUGAGGAAUUUAGCUGCUCAGGUCAAACGAAUUCUAGGCGAUAACGAAAAUGGACAUGAUCUUUCGUCUAUCGUAUCUAACAAUGAAUUUUACGAUGCCCACGAGAAUAUUGACGAAAUCGGGGUGGUUCUUGUUGACUCUCUGACCGACAAGAAAUCAGAAGAAGAUGACGGCGACGAUGUUGAUGAGGGAUCGGCAAUAUCGACAUCAUCAGAUAGCGAUGCAGACUCCGAAGAUUUGCCAGCACCCACUGCUUCUAUUCAUGAUUCAAAAGUUGAAUCAGGGCUUGACAAUGCGGACUCGACAUUAUAUCCGUUACCGAUGGAUUCUAUAGACAGAGACUGUGAGAUUCCUGUUUGCGAUCACGUUCCUCCGAGUCUUCUUUCAUUUGUCCGCAAAAAUGUUGGGAAAGACCUUUCUGCUUUGUCCAUGCCUGUUGAUAUGAAUGAGCCAAUCACCAUAUUGCAGAGAUAUGCUGAAAUCUUGGAGUAUUGCGAUUUAGUUGACAAUGCUUUGCAAGGAAAAUACCCUGAAGAUUCUGGAGAAUUGAUUUUGCGAAUCGCUGCUUUUGCGGCAAGUUACCUUUCAUGCAUGAGAAAGAAGAUUAGGAGCUCUCGUAAACCUUUCAAUCCCAUGCUUGGUGAGACUUUUGAGCUUGUGAGGGAGGAUAAGGGUUUCCGUCUUCUCAGCGAGAAGGUUUCACACAGACCUCCAGUGUUCGCAUUGUACGUUGAGGCAAGAGAUUGGACAUUAUCUUUCAGUCCGGCGCCAUCUCAAAAGUUUUGGGGCAAAACUUCUGAAAUAUACACUAAGGGGGUAUUGAAGUUGACGAUUCGAUCAAGUGGAGAAGUUUACACCUGGUCUCAGCCAACUUGCGUUUUGAAGAACAUUAUCGCAGGCGAGAAGUACACUGAGCCUUCAGAAGCCAUCACCAUUAAGUCAAGCUCUGGACAAAGAGCGGUAGUAGAAUUUAGCAAAGGAGGUAUGUUCAGUGGCAGAUCAGAAGAUUUGAUAAUCAAAGCCUAUGACGGAAAGAAGAAUGUUUUACCUUACACAGUGUCAGGAACUUGGACAGAGUCUAUGACAUUGAAGACAACAACAACAGAGAAAACAAUCUGGACAGCCGGGAAGUUGCUAGCUAACUGUGAGAAAAAAUUUGGGUUCACUGAGUUUGCAGGAAGCUUGAAUAAGAUUACUUCAAUAGAAGAAGGCAAUUUACCGCCAACUGACUCUCGUUUGAGACCGGACAUGCGCAGUUAUGAGAUGGGGAAUAUUGAUGAGGCUGAAAGGCUUAAAAAGCAACUUGAAGAGGAGCAAAGAGCUAGGAGAAAGAAAACGGAAGAAUCUAACCAAUCAUACUGUCCCUUAUUCUUUGAAAAAGUUGGUGGAUCUCCAGAUCAACCGGAUUCAGGUGAAUGGGUAUAUAGGACUGGUGGUGACAGUUACUGGAACAGGCGUAAGAGACAAGACUGGCAUGGUGUUCAAGCUUUGUGGUGA